AUGUGCUUGUGCCAUUUGCUCAUAAGGGUUGAUCAUGAGGGGAGGGAGGUGGCGAGAUGGCAGUCACAAGGGUGGUUUCACAAGUGCAGUGCUGGUACCAUUGCCUCGAGUUCCGCUUCGAUUUCACUUGUCAGGAUGCUGCAAAGCACUGCCCUUGUGGCCAUGAGGCGAUGCUGGGCGAAGUCAGUGCGGUGGCGGCACCAAGCAUUGGACAUCAGCUCUUCCGCCCGCUAUCCAUCCACCCCAGCGGUGGGCACCAUUUCGCUGCUUUCCCAUCUCUGUCCCCAAGUCAGCCCCAGGAGUCAAGCACGCCUGCACGCGCAGAUGUCGACGGGGGACUGCGCCUCUCUGGUCGGCCGCGCCUCGGUCUACGAGGUGGUGUGGGGGAAGAUCAAGGGGCACCCCUGGUGGCCGGCGCAGAGGAUAUCGGAGGCAGUGGCGACGGAGCAUGGGCUGCAGCCCGGCAAGGAGCACCGCGGCGCGAACGAAACGACGACAUUGAUGUUCUUCGGGGGGUCGCAGGUGGCGCGCAUCCCCGUCAAGCAGAUGUGCAGCUGGAAGGACGGAACCUCCAACGGGCUGCACCUCAGGGCCACCAAGAAGAAAACGUUCAGGGACUCGAUAGAGCAGGUUGUGGACUUCCUACGCCAGAACAAAGCUCCAAAGGGAUGGUGGUGCGACGCCCCAAAGUCAACUGGUAAGGCCAGCACCAAAUGCCAACGCAAGAAACAGGGAAGGGGUUCCAGAGCACCGCGGUGCAUCCAAACACGGACAAAAAGAGUGAAAAUGACUCCGGCGGCUGCAUCAAAAGAACAAUAUGUCAAAGUUUCAGAUCGGGCCGCGCAGGGAACGAGACAAGGAGUGUGCGUACGCGGCAUGAACUUGGCAACAGGAAAUUCACGUAAAGAGGUCGCAAAAAGAGGAUCAGUGCCAGGCAGUGAAGAAGACGAAGAUGACAUGAUGGAGAUACUUUAUGGGUCAAUGCCAGAGGCACAGAGUCAGGUGCACCAAUCUUGCGACUGUGAUAAGAAGACCUCAAAUAUGCCGCAAAGAGGGAGUCAAAAGCCGAAAAAACAGGUGGCUGCUGACGAGAUCUGGACGCAAAGCCAGUCAGUAGAAGAGUUGGGAGUUGCGAUGGGUGCCAACGCGACAGGCCAGGAAAUUCAGGAGAAGAAGUUGGCAGCGGACAAAAUAGAGAUGGCGCCGCCACUUGCUGUGCAGGCCCCACCUAUGGAAAAGAAUAUCCAGAGACCUUGUGGCGCUUUGAAUUGUUGCGAAGCUCAGAUGAAGGGAGGUUCCGGAGUAAAAGCCACCGGAGAAAGCGAGCGACGGAACGAAGGGUGCCAAAGGCAAAAUAGUGAGGAGAAGAGCUUCAAAUACAAUGGCAACUUGUCCUUGCAAGACGUGAUUGAGAUCGCCCGGAUAAUGAGGGACAGGAGUUGCGCAAGGACUUUUGCGGGGACCUGCAAGGAGAUCCUGGGAACCUGUUUAUCUGUGGGUUGCACGGUGGAACACAAAGACCCAAGGGAGGUCCAAAAAGAGAUUGACGAGGGCCAACACGACAUCCCCGGUGAAUAG